UGUGUGGAGCUGAAGAUGGCGGAUGGAGACAGCGGGAGUGAGCGAGGCGGUAGCAGCGGGGGAGGCGGCGGCGGUGGUGGUGGUGGCGGCGGUGGUGGCAGCGGGGGCCUCCAGCACUUCCAGCGGGACCAGGAGACCCAGGAGCUGGCGUCCAAGCGUCUCGACAUCCAGAACAAGCGCUUCUACCUGGACGUCAAGCAGAACAGCAAGGGCAGGUUUAUCAAAAUCGCAGAGGUCGGGGCCGGAGGCUCCAAAAGUCGCCUGACCCUCUCGCUGUCGGUGGCGGCGGAGUUCCGUGACUACCUCGGGGAUUUCAUCGAGCACUACGCCCAGCUGGGGCCUAGCAGUCCGGAGCAGAUAGCCCAGGCUGCUGCGGGGGAGGAUGGCGGGCCCAGGCGAGCGCUCAAGAGCGAGUUUCUUGUCCGGGAGAAUCGCAAGUACUACCUUGACCUGAAGGAGAACCAGAGGGGGAGGUUCCUGCGGAUCCGGCAGACCGUGAACCGUGGACCUGGCUUUGGAGUCGGGGGCCCAGUGGGCGGCAUGCUCUCCGGCCAGACCAUAGCCCUUCCGGCCCAGGGGUUAAUAGAGUUUAGAGACGCCCUCGCUAAGCUCAUAGAUGACUACGGGGGAGACGACGAGGAGCUGGCCGGUGGCACGGUCGCCGGCGGCUACGGUGAGCUCCCCGAGGGCACCUCCAUCAUGGUGGACUCCAAGCGGUUCUUCUUCGACGUCGGCUCCAACAAAUACGGGGUGUUCCUGCGUGUGAGCGAGGUGAAGCCCAGCUACAGGAACUCUAUCACCAUCCCCUUCAAAGCCUGGGGCAAAUUCGGAGGAGCUUUCAGCAGAUACGCCGAGGAGAUGAAGGAGAUCCAGGAGCGGCAGCGGGAUAAAUUGUACGAGAGGAGGGAUGAGUCCGAGGGAGACGAGGUGGAGGACGACUGAUAAAUCAGACGGCUGUUAGUCCAAUUACACGACAGAUCUGCAAUAUAGGAGUAUUUUGCAAAAAAAAUAUAAUACAAAAAAAAAAAAGAUUAAAAAAGACCGAUAAAGUGCAUGAAAAAUCGUGCUGUUAUAGCCUACUAAAGUAUCGUGGAGUAAAAAAAAGUACUUGUGCAGGGAGAAAUUUGUGUAUUAUCCUAAAGUUUGUAGGGUCGAGGGUUGGAAAGGUCGUUUGAAUCUCUGAAAGUGAAUAAAAAGUGGACUAAAUGUUUAACUGAGAUAUUUCUCACCGGCUGAAAGGCGAGAGAAAACUACUAAAACCAGCAACUUGGUUUUUAUAUCUAGAAAAUAAGCCAAUGAAUGCUUUCCUAUUCGAGACAUAGUUUAUAUUUUAAGAGUGAGGAGUCAAACUGUUUAAGAUGUUUUCCUUGCUCACUCCAGGGAGAGAACCUAGCAUCCAUUGUAUUCCUGUUCAGACCAGGUCUCUCCUCAGGGGGUAGUUUUGGGGAUUUCUUGCAAGUCAGUCAGAUGAGCCUGAGGGGCAAUGUACAGCGAGCUGCUGUCACUCGAUGGAUGUUCCGCGUUAGAUGACGGGUCAGCAGAUGAAGAGCUGUCAAACAGCAUGGAGGCAAGCAGCAGCCGGCCGUUCAUUGAAAAGCUUGCCUGAAAAAAUGUUAAGGGAGAGGAUUAUCUGUGAGACCAAACAACAACGGCCUUGCAGACUAAAUUAAAGCUUUUGACUCCAGUAGUCAAUUACAGUGCAGAUCAGCUGGGUUUUAUGUUAUACAUACAAUCUUGGCAAUAUUUUCAAAGCAUAAGUCGCAUCGUUUUCAGUAAGAUUCACAUUUAGAGAUGACGAGCCGUCUGUUCUCCUGACACCAGAGCAUCCCUGGCGUUUGAGAACAGCUGCUUUGGAGAGCCAACAUGUGGGCAGAGGACUGUCUUUUUGUGGGAGCCAACCACACCAGGGACAAAUGUAUGUAUAUAUAUAUAUAUAUAUUGGGACUUUUAACAAUUAGCUCCCGAGUGUCUCUACAAGCAGUCCAGAAAACCAGCUGUUGGAGAGGAGCCUCAGACACACUGGAGCUUCUCUGAUCUCUUCAUUCUGCAGAGCAUCAGCGAUGAGCUUUGCCAUCAGCCUCUGUGUCGUGGACAGAGCUGGACAGGCGUCCGUCUCAACCAGCCACGCUUCAUUUUCUGAUGUAUCAACUAACAUCCUCUGACACAUGAAGACCCUGGACAGAAACACAUUCAUGGAUUGUUUUCUUUUUGUUUUGGGUUUUUUCUCUGUGUGCGUGUGUGUUGUUUUUUUUUCAAAAGAACUAUAUUGAAAUGAGAUUCUACUUAUAGGAAUGAUAUUAUCGAACAAACCAGCAGAAGAUAUUUUGAAAUACUUAUAAUGGAAAAUGUAUUGUUUAAAUGAAUUUCAUUACUAUAAAAUUAAAUGAAAAGGUUAAUUUCUUAAAACAAAGUUGUGACUCAAACCUCCAGAUUGGUUUUUCCAAGAGUAAAAGUAUAACACUUCCUUAAUUAAAACUACUUGAAACACAACAA